AUGAUGGAGAGCUUGGAGGAUUGCAUUUGGGGCAGGUCUAGUUGGAACGCAUAUACGGAAGAGCUGGUGAGAGCGAUUAGAAUCGAUGAAGGAACUCUUUUGGAAAGAAUUAAUGUUGUUAAAGAGAAUAUUGGUCGGCAGAUCAGGGAAGCUGUUGAGCAACAUCAUCCUCGUUUGAUGGAACAAGCAAGCGCUCUGCAAAACUUGGAUCGCGUGCAAGCAACUAUUAACCGUGAAAUGUCUCGUAUGUACAAAGAAUGUGAAGAACUGAGUGAAAAAUUUCAGUUUGAGUACGAAAAAUUAUGUCAUACGACGAAUAGACUUGAACAACUGUAUGCAUUAAGACGGAUUUUAGUGUCAGCUAACAGAUGCGAACAGCUAGUUGGAAAACUCGGAAGUACAACUGAAUUGGUAAAACGAUCAGAGAUAAUUUGUGAAUUAGAAGCAAUCACAACUGAGAUACCAUCUUUAAAAGAUUUGAACAGUACGCGUGAAAUGAUCUUAGUUUCGAUACCGAAGCUAACUGCCGAAGCCAGACAGAAUACAGCCAGUUAUCUAAAAUCUUCGCUUGAAAGUCUUAGUGCACCACUUGUUUCAUCUUGUGUUCGCGCACUAAACAAUCUAUCGUCAUAUGAAUUUGAGAUCAAUCGCCUUUUAGAAGAAAAUGCCAAACGCUUAGAUGGCCAGUUUUUACAGCUCAAUAGUAGCACUGUAAUUGCGGCAAAAAUUCUUCCUCAGAUAGCAAAUCAAAUUCAAGUAUCAUUGGAACAGUAUUCCUUAUUAAGUAUGGAAAUUAUAACUGAAUUCUGUGAAAGGCUUGCAAAAAUAAUUUCAAGACGUGUUUCUGAAAAUGCUUCUUAUGCUACUCGCUUUGUUCAACUGCUCUCCAAAGUUGUAUCUAUGUAUCCCACUAAAGCUGUGCAGUCCUUGGAUCAAAGUCUGCAACCUUUACGCAGAGCUAUAUUAUCUCAUUCUCUUAGCAGAAUGUUUAAAGCAGUUGAGAGAGCUUUUGAAGAAAAUAAUCUUGCAAAUUUUUCUGUGGAGAAAAUUGACUCAGCAAUUAAAGAAGAACUGGGAAGUGUAGAAUGGGAUACACAGUUGAAUAGAGAAAUGGAGACAAAUGUGGCAAAAGUGCUUCAAUUAGUUGCUCAGAAAAUUGAGCAGCAUCUUGUCUUGGAUUCAUCCACGCUGCAAAUGAGUGAGCGUCUUAGCACUGUCCAGGUACAAAAUUAUGCUUUAGUCUCUGUGGCACAUAUAUUAAGUUUAUCUUGGCCGGAGCACAGUGAACCUCUAAUACGAAUCUCUCAACAAGUUCGAGAAGCACUAAUGGAUGUGGCACGUUCAUCUGUUUUUACAAUUUUGUUAUCAAUGCACUAUGAGAAUUUAGGUGAUCCAUCUCCAUAUGUAAAGGAACUUUGCAGUUAUCUUCGCAUUUUGCAGUCCCACUCAUCUUUUCUGAAGUUUGCUGGAUUUGAAGAAGUCUUCAGUUCAUUCUUAGAUUAUGUCAUUGAUUUAUUUUUAAUGAAUUCAUCGCUUUUGCGACCGCUUUCAUCAGAUCAGCUCUCGCAUUUAUCUUUGGAUUUACAGUACAUUGCCGAUCAUGGCCUUUCGCUAUACACUGUGCAAUCUUCUCUUAUGCUUUCCAUACCUCAGUUUGUUGACGCAUUCAAGCUACCCGCAGAGCAGCUAGCGCAAUCGAAAUCAUUGCCUUUUUGGUUUGUUGUACAGUUGUUGAUAAGUAUGAGUGAGGAGACGUUGUUGUCCCCGCAUAUAUCAGCUAACUGGUCACUGGAAGAAUAUUUAAAAUGGUGUUUGAGUCACAGCGCAGUAGAUCGUUUGGAUUUCUUGUUAUCUCUUAUGCGUUCUUAUACUUCAUCUGUUAUUUCAUCUAGCCGUACUGAGAAGAGAAACAAGAUUUUGGUUCGAGAAACAGGCGUCAGCAUGCGAGAGAUUCAUGAAGAAGAUAAGCAGAAUAAUAUGACCAUAGAAGAGGAUGAAGAAUGGGAAUCGAAAAGAGUGAUAUUGGAGAUUGGUGGUAUAAUGGAUGUGAACGCAGCACGACAGGCUUUGAAUCGAAAUGACAGUGCUAUACGUCGAUGCAACACAGAGAAUCCGAUACUACAAAUUUCAAAUUCUCUCUUCACAACCGAGUGGAAUUCCAUUAUAGGCACGGACAUGAUUUUCAAAUUAGAGGAGAAGCAACUUCGUUUUGUUGAAUGUUCAGAUGUCAGAUUGAAAGCUGAAAAAGCUUUGGUUAUUGAUAAUGAUGAUAAGUAA